UUUUUUCCUUCCUUCCUUCCUCUGGCGCACGUGUCCUCUCCGGUCUUCGCUCUGGCGGAAGGAUGGCGGCGAAUACCGGGAAGCUUCCGAUGCGGCUUCUGCGCAAGAAACUGGAAAAGCGCAACCGCAAGAUCCGUCAGCGCAAUUUGGCCCAGCAAGGAGCCGCCGAUCCAAGCCUGGCUGCGGGAGCAUCGCCUGCGGGAGAAACGCUGGAAAAUGCAGUGGAGAAUGUCUCAGAAGUUUCCAACAUUUCAGAAACAGCAAUGAAAGACCACAAAAUGACAGAGGGGGACUUACCUGAUGUAACAAAAGCUGAGAAACCUGACGGUAGACAACCUGGGAUGAAGAAGAAGAAAAAGAAAAGGAAAAUUGAAAAUUGUGCAGAAAAUGGUGGUAAAAAAGCAAAAAAUGAGGAAGAAGAUCUUAAAACACAAGGGGCUUUAUCUGGGAAUCUCGAAGAAGGAGAAGAAAAUGCUGAGGGUCUGACUGAAGAAGAAGCAUCCGAUGAUGCUGAUGGACCUGUCUUGCCUCUGGGUUUAACAGGUGCUUUUGAGGAUACGUCCUUUGAGUCUCUUAAUGAUCUUGUCAGUGAGAACACGUUGAAAGGAAUAGCAGACAUGGGAUUUACACACAUGACAGAAAUUCAGCAUAAAAGUAUUAAACCGCUUUUGGAAGGCAGAGACAUUUUAGCAGCUGCAAAAACUGGCAGUGGCAAAACUCUUGCAUUUCUCAUUCCAGCCAUAGAACUUAUCUACAAGUUAAAAUUUAUGCCUAGAAAUGGGCAAACAGAAACAGACUAAACGCACAACCACAUUUUUCCAGUUCUGCAAUGCGGAUUCUGGAAUACUCUUAUGCACAGAUGUCGCUGCUCGCGGGCUGGACAUUCCAGAGGUUGACUGGAUAGUUCAAUAUGACCCACCAGAUGACCCAAAGGAAUAUAUUCAUCGUGUUGGGAGAACAGCCCGUGGAAUCAAUGGAAGGGGACAUGCCCUGCUCAUUUUAAGGCCAGAAGAACUGGGAUUCCUGCGUUACCUUAAGCAAGCCAGGGUGCCAUUAAGUGAAUUUGAAUUUUCUUGGUCUAAAAUUUCUGACAUUCAAUCUCAGCUGGAAAAAUUGAUUGAGAAGAACUACUUCCUCCACAAAUCAGCCCAAGAAGCAUACAAAGCCUAUAUAAGAGCUUAUGAUUCCCACUCUUUGAAGCAGAUCUACAAUGUCCAUAACUUGGAUUUGAUCAAGGUUGCUUUGUCCUUUGGCUUUAAGGUCCCGCCAUUUGUAGAUCUCAAUGUAAACAGUAGCCAUGGAAAGAGACUGCAAAAAAGAGGCGGAGGAGGUGGCUUUGGCUACCAGAAGGCAAAGAAUGUUCAGAAAUCCAAAAUCUUCAAGCAUAUUAACAAGAAAAAAUCCGACAACAGACAAUUUUCCCGCUGAAUUGCUUUAUUCCGUGUUGACAGAAAUGGCCAUAUUACUUUUCAACCAAUGUACAAUCUUAUUCAUUUGGGGACAGAAUUAUAUUUACAGAUUGUAUAUACAGAUUUCAAAUUAAAGCUCAAUAUUUCAACAUGAUCUGGUCCAUUCUAAUCAUCAUCUUAAUGUGGAAGAAUCCUGUAUGUUGUUUCCCCAGCUGUUCCAUGAAUAGUUGUACAAUGGGAUCUAAUCCUGUACUCCAGAUGAUAUAAGCUAAUUCAUAGCUUCUUUGCAGUGCAGGUACCAGUGUAAUCAAAGCUUUCUGGUUGCCUAGAAAUCUCCCAAAAGCAGAUCUCAUGAUCACAGUGUAUAGUAUAUUAUUUGGUUCUUUUUACUUUUCUUCUACAAACUGUUUGAAAUAUUGGGCAUAUUCUGGAAUUUGACUAUAAACUAUGUAGUGGUUUUUAAAACAUGAUUUUUCUACUGUAAAGAUUUUUAUUGGGAUGAUCUUACUUCUAAGUCAAAGUUUGGCUACUAGGAUUAUACUUACACCUGAAACGUUUUGUCUUCUUAGAUCUAGUGAUGCCUUCAGAAUGAUGUUUUGUAAAUAGUAAAGGAAGUUUGAAGCAGAAAGGACUAUUAUUUUGCAAUUAUAUAAAAAUCAUACUUUGAAAGUCAUAAAAUAAAUACAUUGGGAAAGCUUGUA